AUGCGGCCUGCGUACCGCGCAUCCGCUGCCGGCGUGCGCUGCAGCGCCGUCCGCUCGGAGCGCCUUUGGACCCCGAACUCUGCCGCCAACAGCGGCGAUAUCUGGUCCAUCAAGAACGAUCUGGAAGUGCCGCAGAGUCUGUUCAUGGGCGCACCGGAGGUGAUGGCGGGGCAAGGAGCGCCGCCCCCCAUGCUGCAGGAGCGCUUCCAGUCGGUUAUCUCCCAGCUCUUUCAAAACCGCAUCAUCCGGUGCGGCGGCGCGGUGGACGAUGACAUGGCGAACCUCAUCGUGGCGCAGCUGCUGUACCUCGACGCCGUUGAUCCCACCAAGGACAUCAUCAUGUACGUCAACUCGCCUGGUGGUUCCGUUACUGCUGGCAUGGCCAUCUUUGACACCAUGCGCCACAUCCGGCCUGACGUCAGCACCGUGUGUGUCGGCCUUGCUGCCAGUAUGGGAGCCUUCCUCCUGUCAGCAGGAACAAAAGGCAAGCGCUACAGCCUGCCCAACAGCCGUAUUAUGAUCCAUCAGCCGCUGGGAGGAGCACAGGGACAGCAGACAGACAUUGAGAUUCAGGCUAACGAGAUUCUGCAUCACAAGGCGAACCUGAACGGUUACUUGGCGUACCACACCGGUCAAUCCUAUGACCAGAUCGUCCAGGAUACGGAUCGCGAUUUCUUCAUGAGUGCAACUGAGGCCAAGGAGUAUGGCUUGAUUGAUGCGGUUAUCACCAACCCCCUCAAGGCCCUAAAUGCUGCCCCAGUUGCUGCAUAA